AUGAAGGUACCUGAGAACAAAGUGGAGCCAAAGGAAUGUUUGUAUCUGAACCUUGCACUUCUGAAGCUGGGUUCGAUCUUUCCAUUCGAUGAGGUCAGCUCAUUAACAUGGAUAAACAUUUUGUAUAAAGGUUACACAACUUUCACCGUAACUUUGUUUUAUUCUGUGAGCAUAGCGGCGCCCCUUUUCAUAAUCUGCGAAGAUUAUCCUUUGCAGGACGGGAUUGAAGUGAUGAGCAUUCUUCUGACUCAACUCAGAAGCGGUAUGAAACUGAUGACGUUCAUUUUAUACAGGAAAGAAGUCCAGAACCUCAUCAGGACCUUGUACGAGAACUUCUACAUUCACGACAGAAACCUCACUGCUGAGGAGUCGAGCAUAAUUCGGCAAGCAACUGGGUAUGCGAGGAAGAUAACAACAAGUUACAUUAUUCUCUACUGCAUUACAGGCCUGUCAAUGAUAUUGCAUCCUCUGACUCCCACGAGAGUGGAGCUGGGUGAGAAGGACACUCUAAAUUAUACCGCAGGACCUCACAGGAGUCUACCCUUUAAAUCCUAUUAUCCAAAUUGGGACUCCACGAAGAGUCCUCAAUAUGAAAUUGAAUACGCAGCCCAGGCCACGCUCACCGCUUUGGAAGCUUGGUGUAUGGGUUGCAUUGAUAGUUUCUGCGUCACUCUCAUGAUCUGUGUGGGCUAUCAGUUCGACCUCCUCAGCAUUUCGUUGAAGAACAUAAACAAGAACGCGCUUAUGAAAUCUGGCCCUGAAAUAUAUAAAAAGAGAAUAGAAGGCAAUUACCCUGAACAAAUCUUGAAGAAUCCGGCGUUGUUUGUGAUACAAGAGAAAGGAGAAAACAGAAUUCGAAAGAAUGUUAAUAACAGGGACUGUUUAAACAGAACAUAUGGGAGUACUUUACGAUUUGGGUGUGGUGAAGGAAGUCACACGUCAUCUACUAUGAAGUCCUUUGCGCAAGUUGAAAGAGAAAAUUUGACGUAUGUUAAAGAAUGUAUCAAAUAUCACCAGUCUCUUCUCAUGUACGUUGCAGACAUGAACAAAUCCUUCAGCAGUAUGUUUUUUGUUGUGUUUUUGACAGCGUCAAUUUUAAUUUGUUUGCUGGGAUUUCAAGUCUUAGUGAUGCCACCACAGGGACUGAUGUUCGCGAGGGUCCUCCUGCACUCCGUAUGCACGGUGCUUGAACUCGGUUUCUUUUGCUGGUUCGGCUCUGAACUUAUGCACAAGAGUCAGCGUGUGCACCAAGCCGCCUACGACUGUGACUGGCAGAAUAACUGCAACGGGGCGAAGUUCAUCUGUAUGAUCAUCAUGAGGGCUCAACGCCCGGUCGCUGUACGAGCGGGACUUUUCGGGAACUUAUGCUUACCCACCUUCAGCUCGCUUAUGAAGAACGCCUACUCUUAUUUGGCGCUGCUGCGGCAAUUUCAUGAAGUAGACGAUGCCUGA